AUGACAGAAAAGAAACCACGAAUGAGUAUAUGUGUAGUUGAAGGUGCACCACCACCAGCAACAAUAACUCUUCCAUCUACUGCAAAUAUUUCUUCAACAAAUCAAAAUCAACCGGAAAAAAGAAAAAGCAUUUUUGGUAAACUUUUUCAAAAACCUAUUAAAGAAGAAAAAAGUAGUCAUAUUAUGGGAAGAGGAAACAGUGUUAAUCCAAUAAACUCUGAUAUGAAUCACAGGGAUACUGUUACUUCAAUAGCAGAAUCAGAAGGUAUGUUUUGUAAUUAA